AGCCGAAUGAAAAGGAAGGAAUUUUGUAAAAUUUAUUUUUAAGCGCCGCAAAAAAGAACGUGUAAAUAUUAUAAACAGUGUUUAAAAACAAAUUAUUUUAAUACCAGAAAUUGUGUGUGUGUGUGUGUGUGUGUGUGUUAUGUAUAAAACUUAAGUUGACGUUGAAACAUGAACGCCGGUGGGCUUUAGUGGAAGCGGAAACGCAUUUGCACACAAACACCGGUCACUAAUAGAAAAAUAUUUUAAACAUACAUAUUUUAUUGAACUGAUUGGUAUUUGCUUAAUAACACGUUUGUAUGUACAUAUGCAGGCACAUGAUUAUGAACAAUUCAUUGUUGUUUGUUAAUGGUUUUCAAGCAAAAUUUUAUUAAUUGCUUUGGUGUUAACAAUUUAAUCAGUGUCCUUUGAUUUGCACGCGUACAAAAUUUUAUGAAAAUAAAAUAAACCAUAGAAAUGUUUUGUUUACUAACAACGUAUAUGGGCGUGUGUGUUUGUUUGUAGACGUGAAUUUGUUUACAAUUUCAACAGACGUGCGGCUUAUCAAUAUAGCACAAUUUAGACAGACGUGCAGCUCCUCAAUACACCGGCGGAACAUAGUAUAUGGUCUCAUCGAAUGUGGUAGUUCAUUAGUGUAUCAGUUAAAUUGCUGAUACCAUAAACGUAUACGCCAAUGCAAUGAGAAGAUUUUAUUAUGUGAAAAUACCGAUAUUUCUCUACAAAAAGGAAAACCAAAAAACAUACAAAAACUCUGCGACAACUUACACCGGAGCAUCAUCAAACAGUUAAAAGGAUAUUCCAUGUGUCUGCUACUGAAUUUGGUUUGAUUGUAGAUAUAUAAACUCGUUCUACACCGGACCACUACUCACCCAAAAUCAGGCGGAAAUGCCAAAACCAGAAGAAGCAACCAAAUGGAUUUUCGAAUCGAUGAGAAUAACAGCGAAGGAAAUAAAAACCCACAGAAGCAUCGAACGCGGUUAAAGGCAUUAACGGUAAAACGAAAACAAGAACUAAGCAGACAUUGAAAGGAAUACAAUUAUGUGAUCAAUUUAAUGGAGCUCCGAUAUGUAUGUGUAAAGCAAAUCAAAACCAAAAAAACAAAUGCUGCAAUUAGCGAAACAGUUAGUUGUGAAUAGUGAAAUAAAUUAACAAAAAUAGUAAUAACAACAACAUUAAAACCAAACAAGAACAAGAGCAAACUUCCCUUUAUAUGCGCAGAGCAAACCAAGCAGCCAACGUCUAUGGAAAUCCAAUUGCAGAUACACAGACCGCCAUUGCAAAAACAUCACCAACAACAAUAUCAACAACACUACUACCAACAACAACAGAAACUAAAACAAAACCGACUGCAACAAGCGCAGUUAAACUACACCCGCAACGAGAAGAGCAGCCAACGACAGCACCACAAGCAACUUCAGCAACCAAAACAAAAAGCCCAAAAGGAGCACCAACAGCAGCAACAACAACAACGAGGACCACAACCACAGCAACCACAAAGCGCAACGAAUUCACGCUGUAGUUGUAGUUGUAGUUGUUGUAGUAGUAGUUAUAAUGACGAAAUUAGUUAUAUGCCUUUUAUUUUUCGGACUAUUCACCAUCCAGACGGUUGGCCAUAUGAACAGUGACCCAGCGCCAGGCCGUUCUCCAGGACCACCUCGCGUGAAGCGAAGCCUCAAUGCCGCCGGUGCCGCCACUGUUGUGCCUAACAAGAGUACGACAAAUGAGGUCCCCCCGUCGACCGUUGUGCGGGUGGCUGCAACACAAAACCGAAGCCACAGCCACAGCCACAGCCAAAACAACGAUGGCGGUGCUAAAUAUUUUGCGCAAACGGCAGACCACAAUUACGGCAAUCAUAGUAACAAUAACAGCGCGGGGAAGAGUAAUAGCAACAAUAACAACGACAACGAACAACAAUUAGUUUCCGGUAACACUGAAUUAACCAACACCGACGACGACGACGACGAUGAGAUUAACAUCAAUUCAAACAAAUUAUCCUCCGGCGACCAUACGGGGAACAGUGCGGCAGUGUCCGCUUCAGCCUCAAGCCGUGCUGCCAACGUGCAGUACACAUACGCUAAUGCCGAGCAUAUAGCGUCACGAGCUUCAAAUGAUGGCGUGCUUACGAGGGAAACUACAAAACGAUCAAAUACAGGUGCCACGGCGUCGGCUGCAUCGCUAAUUGCACAACAAACAAAACAAACAAAAACAAACACAAUCGCUGGCAAGACAACUGCAUGCCACGAUGGUUUUAGUGAUUUUCUCAACGAUGUUGUGGACGUGGAAGAGGAAGAACAAUCGGAGUCGAAUGGCGCCGAGGAUUUUGUUGAGCGCACACGCGGCGGUGCAGAACACAUGGGACGACAUUUGUUUAUAGACUUACGGCUGGAGCAUCAUGUCUUCGAAACGUCACCCGCGGUCGGGCUCAAUUGUGGGCUGAUGUAUCAAGUGCGUCUGAUGACAUACGCCAAGUCGACAUCAACGCCCAAAGCAACAGCAGCAGCAGGCCCAACUAGCCGAGCGACAAGAGCCCAUGCUGCCGCACAAACAGAGUCAUUUGGCGACGACGCCUUUGUAGAAGCGACCACCGUGGCGAACACGAGCACAAAAGCAAAGGCGAAAGAGAAUAGUGGUCAGGAAGACAACAGGGACAACAGCCAUACUGGUGGUGUAGGCAAUGGCAACGGCCAGCACACAGGCACAGGCGAGAGCAGCAGUACGAACGACAACAAUCAGCAGCUUCACUACACGGGGGAUUUUUUCGUGGAAACACUUUCGACAUCCAGCGGUCGCGAACGUGGCAGUUUUGUUGAUCACCAUUCAGCAGCAGCAACAGCAACAGCCACAGCGGCAGCAGGCAACAAGUUGCCAAUUUCAUGGUUCAGUUCACUUCAGCGCAACGGCGCCAGUCAUAACGGUGAUGACGUUGCCGCAAACGCCGCUGAUGAUGAUGAUGACGAUGAUGGUGAUGUGGAUUUGGAAGCGGAAAAAAACGAUUUCGAUUCGGCGACAUCGAUGUCGGAUGAGGAUAAUUUCGCUUUCGGCCAUGAUUAUGAUGUGCAUGGUCAUUUUCAGCAGCAGCAACAGCAACAACAACAACACCAACAAAUGUUCGCUACGAAAUGGUUGCAGCAAAGUUGGGAUAAAGCAACUAAUCGACAGACGACACAACAGAGUAAUAGCAGUCGACAAGGUGGCAGGAAAAUGUGCCCAGAAAAUAAAUGGCAUGGCAGUGCAAAGAGUCAACAACAUCAAGAUAAACAGCAACAACAACAAUCAGAUCAAAAGGAACAGCGUGCUUCGAGUAGCUUUGGUGAUAAUGAAAAACAAUCUCCUAACGGCGCUCGUCGCGUGGGGAGUAGGAGUGGUAAUGGAAACGAAAAGGAAAACGUAAACGGAAAUGAAGUACACACCGAGUCUUUGGGCUUCUGGAUGUUAAAUGAACUAUGCGAACAGGAUGACACCAUCGAAUUCAGAGUGUUUUUUCGUGCGACUUUCGAGAGUGAUAGUGUUGGUGACACUAAAGGCAGCAGCAACAACAACAAUAUGGAGAAUGCCAACAGUAGCUAUAACAACAACACUGACAACAACAGCAACUAUGUCAAAGUCAACGCACAACAUGUGGUGUUCAAAAAAACUUUCAAAUUUCAACUACGUAAAGACUGCCAAUUGCUGCUGCGUGAAGUUAGCCGAGGCACCUUAGACUACACAUUACUUCCAUUAUACAGCAUAGAUUGCAGUGUACAUUUCCCUCCGUAUCGACUCUUUGAGACUGACGGCGAAGGCGCCGAUUCUGCCAAUGAUCCCAGUACAUCUACGCAAUUCGACGUCCCACCGGCUGGCAUACUUGUCGAGCUGCAACGCUUAAACGUGCCCUGCAAUAGUGGUGGUUUCAUACGUUUCAACGAACGUCCGCGGCUGUGUGGCAAGCUGGAGGAGCUGAACGCCAGCGAUCGUAGUUAUCAUUUCGAUGUACGUAGUCGCACUACAAUCCAUUUCCAUAAGAGUCCAAUGUUCAGUCUCAGCUAUAAGCUGGUGGACUACUGUUACAACAUAACAACGAGUAAUCAAGUGGGUGAGUAUUAUGUGCGACCGAGCAUGCGUGAUGCGCUCGAGUGUUAUUUUCGUAUUCACCUGCCGUACGGUAAUCGCAUAAGCCUGACGCUGGUUACGAAUAACGACAGCACAGUACUGCCGCCGGAUGAUAGCAUGCAACUGAAUCCGGCAAGCGAACAAAACAUCUACAGCAUCUACACAAGUCAGGGUGUGCAAAUCGAGACGAAGCGCGUUAAUAUGACGGUGGUGAGUAGCGGUAGUGGGAGUAAUCGAAAGAACUACGCUGGUGUUACAACGAUACAUAGACGCGCCGAACCCAAGACGGCGGCGCGUACACAAGGGGACAUCACGCACACCCUGAGCUCGUACAAUGCAACGCGGGAGCAUGUCAACAAGCGUUCCACAAGUUCAUUAGACGGUUUCCUACGGCUAAUGGAGAGUCAAAUAAAGGGGUUCAAUUUGGCUUCGGGCGGAAAAUCAAUGCCAGUGGCGAGUGAGAUUUCUAACUGUGAUGGCGUUAUCGUCAAGAUAUACGAAAAUGAUUUCACGCGUUGGUCUUAUUGCCUAAACGACACACAGCGCAUGCAGGCCUUCAUUCUUACCUCAACUGGCAAUACGCUGAAUGUGCAUCUCUUCAAAGCAGCGCGUUUAAAUUACAACAACAAAAUGCCACUUAGAGAAGAUAUAAACUAUGGUGUUAAUUACAACACACUCUCGCCCACAGCCAUACUGCCCACAAUCUAUCUAUCAUAUACGGCACAACCGAUACCCGAACUUGUUUCCAGUUGCGAUUUCGGUUGGGUCGCCAUGCAACAAUUUUGUGUGAAUACCAUUGAAGUUGCAAUGUCUUGGCCCGAUGCCGAGGAACACUGCGCCAACUUGGGCGGUCACUUGGCUUCCAUUCGCAAUGAGCAACAACAGGAAACCAUACACGAACUUCUCUUCCGCAGUCCAGGCUAUGACGAUCAAAACGCCUAUUGGGUCGGCGGCUCGGAUAGCAGCUAUGAGGGAGACUUUCGUUGGAGCGACGGGCUGCUGUUUCAGUACACAAAUUGGUUUCCUGGUUGGUCGGAACACAGUCACUAUAACAAGCAGCCCAACGAUGACGGCUUGAGUAGUCAAGAUUGCAUCGAGUUACGUCGGUUUUUUCGCACACCGCCGGCCAUACAAACGAAUCGUAGUCCGUUGACGAGUACUUUCAUGUGGAAUGAUCGGGACUGUAGUGCAAAGAACUUUCUUAUUUGCGAACGAGCCAUGAGUGAUGACUCAUUGAGACGCAGUUGGAUAAACGAUUGCAAUAAGACUGUCUCGCUAACCAAAGAGCAUCCACGCGCCUCCAUUUGGAGUCCAUCCUUUCCACGACAGUAUCCGGACAAUGCGAAUUGUUUUACAACAAUAACAGCACCAUCGGGUUAUCGGGUAGUGAUAGAGUUUGAGGAGCUUGUGAUCGAGAAUGAAGCAGGUUGUACCUAUGACUAUUUGGAAAUCACCGAACCAACGCACUAUGAUAAUUUCAAAACAACAAAAUCUUCCAAAAACAAAAAUAUGCUAAAUAUAAAUAAUAGUAGUAAUAAAAGUAAUAGUAAUAAUAAUUAUAAUAAUCUAAAUCUAAAUAUAAAUAGCAAAACAUUUCGAAAGCGAAGUUCUUAUGAGAAACCUAGCCUUAGUUCAGCGUAUACUAUGCCUGGUACAUCUACAUCUACAUAUACAUCUAGUUCUAAUUCUGAUACCAACGCUUUUACAAAUACUUAUAAUAAUUACGCUAAAACGAAUGCUGUAAAUACUAAUCUAAAUGCGAAUGCAAUGGUGAAUGUGAAUCCGAAUCCGAAUCCGAAUACGAAUCCGAAUCUGAUUACUAGCUUCAACACAAACACCAAUUAUUUAUAUUCAAACAAUUACAACAACUACAAUCUCGCGCAAACAAAUUAUCAAAAACUCCUGCACAUCUUCUCGAGUCUCUAUCGGCCGCACACGAAUUAUCUAAUACAAACACCCGAUUAUCCGCGCGGCAAUCCGAACUAUCCAGCGAAUCAUCAUACGAAUCGUAUGCAUUCGGCGGGUAAUAUUGAUACGAAUGCAUUGCCGAAACGCUUAUGUGGGGACUGGAGUUCCAAGCUGAAGCUGUUACGACACGUCUCUACCGGCUCAUAUUUGGGUUUACAUUUCGUAUCCGAUUACUCACAUCAUUUUGGCGGUUACAAAGCGAAGACAUAUAUGGAGAAUAGAAGUUAUACGUUUCGUGCGGCUUCCGAGUGCGCUAACGAGCGUUUGAAAUACUAUAACGGUUCGUGUUAUCUCUUCAUUUCAUAUCCCGAAGUGGAUUGGUGGACGGCACAGCAAGUGUGUCGCGGCAUGGGCGCGCGUCUGUCGUCGGUGUCAUCAGCCGAUGAGCACAGAUUCAUUACAUCGAACAUACGAAAUCAAAUCGAUUAUUCGCCACAACUGAUAUAUUGGCUUGGUGCGGAGCUAGAGAAAAGUGGUCAAUUUGAGUGGACGGAUGAUACGAGAAUGAGCUUUCAAGGUUGGCUACCCGGUCAGGGUCAAUUUGAAGAAUUGCCCAAAGACGCCAUUUGCUUGGGUCUACAAUGGAAGAUGUCGCCAACGCCAAUGCUUCCCUCGGGUCUGUAUUGGCAAUCACAAAAAUGCAGUAAAGUCGGUGGUUAUGUAUGUAAAAAGGCCAAAGAUGAGUUUGAUACAUAUUCCGCCAAUAAUGUUACCCUUACUGGUGCAGAGGGCAGGCUGGUGUCACCAGCCUAUCCCAACACGUACCCGCUCAAUAUGGACUACUGGGUACAUAUCAAAACACCGGAACGCACACGGAUAAUAUUGCAAUUUCAGAAAAUUGAUCUUGAGCCACAAGACGAGUGUCUCUACGAUUACGUUAGCAUACAAGACUAUGAACUAGUCUCACACAUAACACUAGAGCCCGGCAGUAAUCCGCUACCAAUGGCAAUGUUAACAUCUCAAGAAGAGCUCACCUCAAUGGAUAAUGAAAUUAGUCCUGGAGAAUUCGAGUCAAAGUACAGACCAAAACGUAGCAUAAGACAUGAUCUGCAGCACACAACACAGAAACGGUGGAUUCACCAUACCACCAACACUGCCAAAAAUGCAUAUACAAAACGCACGAAGCGAACUGCUAAGCAGAAUUAUGAGAGUAGCAAAAGAACGCACAAUGAUAGACAACAACGUUUUAGCGGAGAGUUGUGGCCGCCGUCAGCGACGCGCAAUAGUAACAACUGGUUCGCCACAGCAAGUGGACGAACGAUGAAACAUCAAAAUCCCAAACAUCGUCGGCGAAAAACGAAAACGAAAUUGGCGCGACGCAAACGUAAUAGUGUUUUAGAAGAGGGUGAUCCACUAAUGGCACCACUACCUGUAGAUAAUGCACAAUCAUUCCUGCCAUAUGUACGCUGGUGUGGCUCACACACUUCGAAUAUGUCCAAAUUCGAUUUUGUCUCCAGUUCAAAUGAGGCAAUGUUGAAUUUUCAUAGUGAUUAUUCGGUUAAUGGCAUCGGUUUUGCAGCCACUUGGCGGGCAAUCGAUGUUUCGGGUUGUCCACUGCAGACGCUUACCUCGCGCGAAGGCACUGUCUUCAGUCCGAAUUAUCCAAAUUUUUUACUUAACAACUUAAAUUGCGCAUACGUGAUACAAGCGCCAGUUGGACGGCGCGUCUGGUUGGAGUUUAACGAGUUCGAUUUGAAAGUGGAUGCGAUUUUGGAGGUUGACAUUGGCAGUGGCCUGUUGCGGCCAUUUCACUCUAAAGAGCUGUUGAGUGAGGGCAUAUUCGUAAGCGAGCGUGAACAGUUGCGCAUACAGUUUCGCACUGGACAACAUCCGCGGGGCAAAGGAUUCCAUGCCAUAUAUCGCACAGUGGCACCGCUGGAGCGUCGGGAACGCGUCAUCUCCUUACAACUGAACUCAAGCGGUUAUCUAUAUCAACUCAAUUACCCACAUGCAAUGCCCGAGAAUGUGGAUUUUACUCAUCACUUGAUUGCGCCGUUUGGUCAGAAUAUUCUGUUGGAACUGCAUAACGUGGAGUUCAGCGAGAAUGGUAGUUGUCCGGACGGCAGUUUUUUAGAGGUGUAUGACAAUUACGCCGAUAACAACGGCACAAAGUGGCAACUCUGCAAAUUUCAACCGCCCACAAUGUUACCACAUACUGCAUCACCAAAUUAUCCAUCGGAAAGAUCAAAUUCGCCAUAUAAUGAAAUCUUCCAUGCCACGCCAAACAAUUGGUUGCAAAUGAGAACAACUGAGACUACAGCGCCGCCGGUGUACAUAACCUCAUAUUUGAAUACGUUACAUAUACGCCAACGCACGGGCCAGCAGGCGAAUGCGCUGCUCAAUGGGACGGUGAGCAUACAAUGGGAUAACACAUACAAAAUGAAAUUGACUGCUGGCGAGAAGACCGUCGAAUCGUGUCAGCCGAACCCCUGUCAGUUCAAUGGCAAAUGUGUACUCAAUAAUGGCUCGAGUUAUUGCCAGUGUCAGGGUCACUAUACGGGCAGAUUUUGUGCUUUAACUAUAUGUGAGUUGGAGCCGUGCGUAUUUGGCAGAUGUGAGCUAACAACCAACAGCUUUAAGUGUCAAUGCCAGCCGGGAUAUAUGGGUCCAACAUGUGAGGUUAAGCAGAGGCCUUGUGCUGAGAAUCCUUGCGAAGGACGUGGUGCUUGUUUCGAACGAAAUGGCGGUUACUUUUGUCGUUGCCAUGCUUGGUGGGAGGGUCCACGCUGUGAGCGUCGCAUGCUUCAUAUACCCUAUAAACCAUUAUCGGAGCGUAUGCUUCAAGAGCCGUUUUGGUUGGGUUUAAUAACGGUUUUUGUUGUGUUAGCUGUCAUCGGUUUGGUUUGGUGUGCUAAGCGCCAUUUUCCGGAGAAAAUCGAAAAAUUAUUAGCCGAAGAAGCCGAUCGUAAUAGACCACCCGGUUCCAUACAUGGACAUCAUCAUCACACAUCAUUACGCGAGCAAUUGCAAUUUACAACUGCCAUACCACAGUCAACCGGCAAUAUCGCACCGGGCACACAGCGUUCCAUAUUCAACAGAUUGGGUAUCAGAAAACCGUCACUUUUGAGCCUCAGCAGCCCCAAUCCAAUACCUGGAGGGGGAGGGGCAGCAGCGCGUACAUUUUCACUUGACGAUCUCUUACGACCGCCUCCCCGACGUUCGCCAUCGCCACGUAAGAAGCGCAACAAUUCAACACCCGUGAAGAAAAAUGCUGCCGAAAAGAAGCAAAUACUACAACAACUCGUCUCACCAGCGACAAAUGUUGAAAAACCAAAAGUUAGUCUGGGUGAACUGAUUAAUAUGACAGAGAAUCGUUUACGUGCCACAACAACGAGCAACGUCGACUCUGAGAGUGAUGUUAAGGAGACAACAUUCUCAGAGAAUUCAGGCUCGCUGACAUCGACCAAUGUAGCGAAUGUAGCACGCACAAUUGCCGAUCCGAAGCUGGAGAAGAAAGUGACAUUCGCGCGCCUGUUGAAUAAAGUGUCGGCCGAAAUGAGUUCGGGUUCGGAUAUGGAUAUUGGACAUAUGGCGAACGCACGUAACUCGAGUGCCCUUAGCCUGCCAACAGAUAUACAGCUACGCGCCAGUUCGGUGCCACCAUCACCGUGCACUAACGACAUACGUUCACCGCACAGCACCUCAUCGAAUCAGGGUAGCGAUUCACUAUCCAGUUCCGAUUUAGCACUAACCGAUUUCGGUUUACGUUCUAUGCAUACGAGUGGCAGUGAUAUCGGUAGCACAAAUCACAAUCGCCAUUUGCCGCUCGGACUCGCUACGGGUCUAGGUGGCAUUGGUGGUGGGGUUAGUUGUGGUGGCGGUGGUUUAAUAACACGUAAUCGUAUCGGCACAAACGCACGUCCGAAAGUCUCCAGUGCCGAUUCCAUUUUAGCUAUGUUCCGCAAUCUUGCUUCUUCAUCAACAAUAAACAAUGCAACAACCUCAAUGACAACUGCCACCAAUAAUACCACAAACAUCACUGCUAACAUAACGCAUAGUGCAUCUGUGUACGUAUCACCAUCGACUACACCAAUCGCUUCUAGUCCACAAGAUGAUGCACCCGGUGACGAUGAGUCGUCCACUUCGUCUAUGCAUACGCCGGUUAGCUUCUCGAGUGGUCCACCCGAUUCGCCGGUAUUCUAUCGUCAGACCACUAUUGAAGUGCCCGUACUCGAUGUUCUUAAUGCGCACAAAUCCUCCUCAACGCCAUCAUCAUCGAAUUCAUCAAGUUCAACGAAUCUACUUCACCCACCGACAAUACUGCUCGAGAUACCCAGUAAUGGUAUAAACAAUAAAUGUCUAUCACCAAUACGGGAGAUGCCCACACCGAUGCCAUCGCCAGCACUCACGCCGAUCAUGCCACGGCCGCAACGUUCGAAUAGUCCGAUAUUUCAAGAUGAUCCGUUAUCGGGCUGCGAUUACAGUGAUGAUGAGCAGAAGAGCAUACGCAGUGACGGCAGUGAUGAGCAAAUGUCGGAGAAGAUUGUACUGGACCUACAUACGGGUAAAACACACGUAAUUAUCGAUAGUGAUGUGGAGACCACACCGACUGACACGGCAACGACUUCGAUAGCAGGUCAGCAUAGAUCAGCGGAUUUACUGAAUAAAUUACCGCUUUUACGAUUCUCACCACCAACGCCCACAACAAGCGGUCUGCAUCCACCUAACACUAAUACAACCAAUACAGGCGCCAUGGCGUUGAAGCCACCAGCGAUUGUAAUCGAUGUAGAGCCACCAACACCAGAGGAGAAAACACAGCGACCACGCGAUCUCAUAAUACCCACACUGACUGUGGAGCAUCCGAGUCCAACGAAGAAUAGACAUCCGAUGAUCAUAUUUCCCGGCUCACCGCCGCCGCAACGAGCCAGCAUAGGUGAAACCAGUUUUAUGUUUCCAAAUAAGCAACAACAGAAAAGACUGCUAAAGCAAUUUGAGAAACCGAACUCGCUCGAAUUUCCAUUUGUACCACCAAUGAUUACCGUCACUUCCAACAUGAGUGAACUGGAAUCGGACACGGAGCCGUUAUCACCCGCCACGAAAACCGGCAACCCAGGUGGCUUAAUGCCACCCAAUCCGGUUGGUAUGUGCUACCUGAGUCCGUUCACCAUGUGCAGUCGUGCCGAUCGCACUAUAUCUGAAAGUAAUCUCAGUUCUUCCGGCUAUUCGAGCAUGGCGAGCCCGGGUCCGAGCCGCUGUGGCUCGAGUAAUCCAUUAUGUCCCGGCGAAAUGGAUGAGCCAGGCAGCGGUCAUUCAGGUGCUGGUCUCUCAUUGCAUUUAAACUUACUGAACAGACGGAAAAACUCGGCUUUAGCCAGCUGCAAAGAGAACAUAAGCAACGGUAAGAGCGCAGGUACUGAAUCAGGCGCGUCAGGUAGUAGCACCGAUCAAUUGCAUAGACCACGCUCGGAUUCUGAAACUUUCUCUGACGAAAUAAUACUGGAGUCAAACGACGAAGGUAUUGGCACCGAUCACGUCGAUGAGAAAUUGGAUGACAGUCGCUUGAGUAGCAAUCGCUUCAAAACUCUAGGCGCCUACAUGGCCGAACACGUACUCAUCGAGGUGGAUGAACCACAGCAGGCGGCAAGUACGAGCGUCAACGCCGCCGUCAGUAGCACCAGCCUAGGCAAUCAAAUGGCACAACUACAACUGCCUUCCAUUGUGAUACAAAUCGAUGGCAAUGAAAAGGGUCUAUCGCCCGUCUCCUCACGUUCGGAGAGUCCGCUAAGUGAACGCGCUAGCAUGGGUCGCUUUUCGCCACACUUCUAUGGUCGCAAAGAUCAAUUGCCAUUUACCGACUCUGAUGGUCUUUACGACUUUCCAUCAUCGGAUGGUAAGGGCGGCUCGUUCACCCAUCAACGUCGUAGCAGUAGUAAGAAACGUGAACGAAAAUCAUCUAAAUGUUCGGCCACACAAUCACCGACUAAACAACAACUCGACAUACCCAGCAAAGAGUGUUUGACCGCAUCGACAACCACACCAAGCAGUAGUACGCAUACAUGUAGUAAACAUUGCUUAUCACAUCAUCAUCCUUGCCCAGUAUCAACGGUUACCACACGUAAAAGUCCGAAGAGACGUGUGAAUAGCAGACCGCCAGUGGCGAGCAGCUCUUCCUCAUCGGAGAGCUUAGUUUCGCCAAAAGAGUUGGCAGCCUCGCGCCCACUACCACGGCGUCUCAAUUCACCAAAUCGUGAAAAACGGCCACGGAAACAAGAGAGCCUGAGCGAAGAAGAGGUGGCCGAUGCUUUGCUGCGUCGCAUAUCACCUAGCAUUGUGAAGGAAGAUACCGAGACAGUCAAACCGAAAUGUAAAAUUAAUCGUUUGCGUGCAAUUGGAAAUCAAAUAAGAUUUCUGCGUCGCCUAAAGAAAUCCAUAAAGACACGUGAACGUUUAGCCUCACCAUCGGAUAGUUGUCCCGAAGAGAAUACCGACGAUAUGGACUCACCACAGGCGACAUCACCGCUGCUACAACCGCAAUCGCCCAGUAAGACACGCAUUGCGUUGUGUAGGCAAAAACGUUUGCCUAGCGGUACAUAUGGUAUUACAGCAGCGGCACUCAACUCAAGCAAUUGGAAGGGUAUGGAUCGUAGUCUAAUCGGUGAUGAUCUGAAUAGUGAUUGAAGUAAGAAAUUUCAAAAGAGAAAAAAAACAAAAAACAACAACAACAACAGAGACACACUUAAUAAAAUAAGGUAACAAGCAACAAGCGAACUAAAGACAAAGCGAAAGGCUGAAAUUUACGAAUAUUACGUAAUAUUAAAUAGUACUUUUACACUUAUAUUUGUGCAUAGUAUAGACAUACAUACACGUAUAUACAUACUUGCAUACAUACAUAUAUCGAUAUGCGCUUAAGUUGAUAUGCAUGAAUAGUUUAAAUUUGUAUAGGUUGUUUUGAUGAAUAGAAAAAAAAAAAUAUAUAUAUAAGUAGGACAAA